AUGCGUUCUUAUCCAGCUUCUGCUGCUAAAGGAGCAGCAGCAGCAAUAGCAGCAGCAACAACAGCAGCAACAGCAACAAUAGCAGUAGCAACAGCAGAAGCAGCUGCAGCAGCAGCAGCAGCUGCAGCAGCAGCAGCAGCUGCAGCAGCAGCAGCAGCUGCUGCAGCAGCAGCAGCAAACACUGAGCUGUUGAAGAGGUGCGAUUUGAAGCGGAAAGUUUCUAAGCGGCUGCAGCAACAGAUGCAGCAGCAGCAGCAGCAGCAAGAGCUGCUGCUGCUGCGACAGAAGCAAGAGCUGCUGCUGCUGCACCAGAAGCACAAGCGGAUGCAGCAACAGAUGCAGCAACACCAGCAGCAGCAGCAGCAGCAGCAGCAGCAAGAGCUGCUGCUGCUGCUGCUGCUGCAGAUAGCUGUGAUAUUGCCUUGUAAUAUAAUAACAGUUUGA